AUGAUUGGCCAGUUCGGUGUGGGUUUCUACUCUGCCUACCUGGUGGCAGAGAAAGUGACUGUCAUCACCAAGCACAACGAUGACGAGCAGUACGCCUGGGAGUCCUCAGCCGGUGGCUCCUUCACAGUCAAGGUGGAUGCAAGUGAGCCACUGGGCCGUGGUACAAAGGUGAUUCUGCACCUGAAGGAAGACCAGACUGAAUACCUGGAGGAGCGGAGGGUCAAAGAAAUUGUGAAGAAACAUUCCCAGUUCAUUGGAUACCCCAUUACACUGUUUGUUGAGAAAGAGCGUGACAAGGAAGUGAGUGACGACGAGGCUGAAGAGGAGAAGGACAAGGAGGAGAAAGAGGAGAAGAGUGAGGAGGACAAGCCUGAGAUUGAGGAUGUGGGCUCCGAUGAGGAGGAGGAUGAGAAGAAGUCCACUGACAAGAAAAAGAAGAAGAAGAUAAAGGAGAAGUACAUUGAUCAGGAGGAACUGAACAAGACCAAGCCCAUCUGGACCCGCAACCCUGAUGACAUCACAACAGAGGAGUACGGCGAGUUCUAUAAGAGCCUCACCAAUGACUGGGAGGACCACCUGGCUGUGAAGCAUUUCUCGGUGGAAGGACAGCUUGAGUUCAGGGCAUUGCUGUUUGUGCCAAGACGUGCACCUUUUGACUUGUUUGAGAACAAGAAGAAAAAGAACAACAUCAAGCUGUAUGUGCGCAGAGUCUUCAUCAUGGAUAACUGUGAUGAGCUGAUCCCAGAGUAUCUCAAUUUCAUCAAGGGUGUGGUGGACUCUGAAGAUCUGCCCCUCAACAUCUCCAGAGAGAUGCUGCAGCAGAGCAAGAUCUUGAAAGUCAUCCGCAAGAACCUGGUGAAGAAAUGCCUGGA